UUUUGCUACUCAGUAAUGUUCAGUAUCCCGGAGACAUUCAACUAUUACACAUCAACGACCACAAUGUUCAGGUUCGCGACUCUAGUAGUGCUUUUCGUUGUGGUGGGUGGCUUAAGUGCAGCGUUGCAAUCCCCAUGUCCUCGCAUAAUCACUUAUCAGCGAUCUGAGGAUUCGGGAGAUUGGUUCGGUUAUCUCACCAUUCCACAGCUUCGUGGUGUUAAAAUAGCCGAUAUUAAAGUUGUUCUAUUAACCUCAGCUAUUUUGGAACAAGAUGAAACUGGGCAUCUGUCUUUAUUUCGUUCCGAGGACAAAACCAUGCGCCGCAUCGAAUAUGGUGAUUCUGCUGAAUUUAAGCUGCAUUUUCCACGCCAGAAUCCCCAGCCAUACGUUAAACAUAUCGACGUCAAUGGUGUGGUGAUUUGCGAAGGACCUAGAGCGCCCUCUUUGUUCGAUACCCAAUCCAACAUAUUCUACACGCUGAGAAUUUGGACACCGAGAGUAAGACAACAGGUCAGGCCCUCUCUUUUCAAUGAACCACGCCAUAUCAUCCGAACAUUCAACCGAACCGAAAGCUUUUCUCCCGGGAGGUUUCCGAUAGAUAUUCCUUCAUUUUUCAAAAAUUUCGGAACGGGUGACACUCGACUGGAAACAUUGGCUGAUGAAGAAGAUAAAAUCUAUGAUUCGGGAGAUGAAUCAAUAAGCGUCGUUCAGCCUCCAACCCAGAGCACGACGACCGAAAAACCGCUCAACGCGGAAAUAACGUCCAACGCAUGCUACAAAGAUUUCACUUGUGGUCUGACUGCCAUCAAAGGACUGACGAACCUUGCCAUUGGAGGUAAAAAUUUGGAGAAAGGCCAACUGCCCUGGACGGUUCCGCUGUUCGAUCAGGAGGAUCACGACAAUCCGGUAUUUAUCUGCGGCAGUACGAUCAUCAACCGAAGAUUCCUGAUAACGGCUGCCCAUUGCGUGUAUGGUAUCCACGAUUUUCUUCCAGCCGAGAGGAUUCUUCCGGUUCCGGGAAUGUACAACAUCGAUAACUUUCUGGAGAAAGACGCGCAUUUGGUCCAGGUAGAGUUCGUAAUUCCACAUGGCAAUUACUUGCACGAUGAACCGCUUAACGAUGCCGAUGUUGCCCUGCUUAAGCUGAAGGAAGAACUUUGCCUUUCGGAACACAUAAUUCCCGUGUGCAUCUGGCGAGGAGAAGACGAUCUGGGUAAAAUCUUGAACCAGGAAUCAAUCGUAGCCGGAUGGGGUCUCACAGAGAGAGGUCAAACUAAGGUGCCGACCUUUAUCAGGAGCUACAUCGUCGAACGAAAGCAAUGCUACACCAAUCUGGAGCGAUCGUAUCCGUUCAAUGCGAAAAUCUUUUGCGCAGAUGGACGUGGAUCGGUUCCAUGCCGGGGCGAUUCGGGCAGUGGACUGGUGAUCAAGCAGGGCAACCAGUACUUCCUGAGAGGGGUGGUUUCGAAAGGCACCGUCGAUCGGAACACCUUGAAAUGUGAUCCGCAAAAGUAUGCCGUCUACACGGAUGUAGCACGCUUCCGGGCUUGGAUGAGGAAGAAAAUGCUAAACCAUCUGUAAGAAUGGAUCCAGGACAUUGGAACGAGCUUCAAAAGAACAUCUGCGGUCCUAGCGUAGAUAAACAGUGAUUUAGUGAACGACAUGAAUAAGAUUUUUCAAUAACUUAAAGACAAAAAAAAUCUCAAAAUGAAAACAUUUUUCAUACCGGAUCAUAGAGAUCUACAAUUACCGGAAAUUACCCAAAAUAAAUCUGUUAUAU